CCGGAACCUGGGAUUACAAAGCAAAGGGAAGAGGAACCUGCGCAGGGUUUCCUUCCCUCUUCUCCACCAUCCUCUUCAGGCCUAAGCUCGAGCUAGUUGCCCACCGGCCUAGCAUUGCUUUCACUAUGGCCCUCAGCGAUGCUGACGUGCAAAAGCAGAUUAAGCAUAUGAUGGCUUUUAUUGAACAAGAAGCCAAUGAAAAAGCAGAAGAAAUAGAUGCAAAAGCAGAAGAAGAGUUCAACAUUGAGAAAGGUCGUCUUGUGCAAACCCAAAGACUGAAGAUUAUGGAAUACUAUGAGAAGAAAGAAAAGCAGAUAGAGCAGCAGAAAAAAAUUCAGAUGUCCAAUAUGAUGAAUCAAGCAAGACUCAAAGUCCUCAGAGCGAGAGAUGAUCUUGUUACAGACCUACUAAAUGAAGCAAAACAGAGACUCGGCAAGGUGGUGAAAGAUACAACUAGAUACCAAGUGCUGCUGGAUGGACUGGUUCUCCAGGGUUUGUACCAGUUGUUGGAGCCCCGGAUGAUUGUUUGUUGCCGGAAACAGGAUUUCCCUCUGGUAAAGGCUGCAGUGCAAAAAGCAAUCCCUAUGUACAAAAUCGCCACCAAUAAAGAUGUUGAUGUCCAAAUUGAUCAGGAGGUCUACCUACCUGAGGAGAUAGCUGGUGGAGUUGAGAUCUAUAAUGGGGAUCGUAAAAUAAAAGUUUCCAAUACCCUAGAAAGCCGACUGGAUCUCAUAGCUCAGCAGAUGAUGCCAGAAGUACGAGGAGCCUUGUUUGGUGCAAAUGCCAACAGGAAGUUUUUGGACUAAGCCUUUGGGAGGUGGAAUUCAUGCACUGCUAUGAUGUAGAAGUUUCUGAUAUUUGAAGAAACAAGAUGAUCUAUGUAGCUUCCUCUUUGCUGUUCUAAUACUCUGUAUUUACUCGUGGAUAUCUUUCUAUACUAAUGCCCUUAGCCUGAUUGUUAACAAUGGGAGAAAGUUUCCUUUAAUAUGAUCAGGAAACCUACUUCUAGCUUAUCUAAAAGUAACACAACUUUCAGUUGGUUCUGCAGCAUGAAGGUGAAGAAAUCAGGUAGUUGUUGCAUGGACUUUACCCAAACUUGUGAUCUUCCUCUGCUUCUAGUUAUCUAGUCUAGAAGUUAUGAGUAUGGUAUGCUCUGCUGGUAAGUCUCUGCUCUUUAGGCUUAACAUACAUGUGGGGCAUGCAUUCCUUCCAGCAGUAGUAGCUUCACUGUCACCUGUUUGGGCUUAGAAAUGCUCCUUAUCUAUAAAUGUGAUUUAAAAUCUAAGCCAUGAUGCUUUAUUUAUUGAAACAAAACGUUUAAGUGAAUUUAAUUGUAGUUUAUUAUGCAAGACACUCUAAGUGUGUGGUUUGAGAGAGUAAAAUUCUUAGUGUGGUUAUCUAAAAAAGACACCAUUAUCCAAAUUUCGGUAGCAUUUGCUGGUUGACAUCUGUUGGUACUUGAAACCAUUAACCCUCCCUGGGUCCUAUGGCACUUUCUGCUCAUUUUUACCAGAUCCUCACUCAGAAAUGUUCCUUUUAUGUUCCUUUCAGCCCCUUAUAGUCUUCCACACUUACACACAAGGUGUUCAGUAUUAUCUGUCCUCUAGAGGGCUUGACAGCUUUAUUGAGGAAAUAGUUUUACUAGCUUUGGCAGUGUCAUAAAAGAAACUGAGGUGUGGGGGGGGGUCUUUUGCAAGGGGAAGGGGGGCGUUUAACUGUGUGUUAAGCCUAAACACUUUUCUUCCUCCCACUCAUUUUCAUGCCAGUUUUGAAAUGGACACAGAAAGGUAGAAGACAGACUAUUCAUCGCAGCCUGUCUGCUUCCUUUGCUAAUUAUAAGACGAGAUUAUAACUAGUUCAACUGUAUUUCAGACAGUGUUCCAUGGACAUCCUAUAUAAUAAAAGCCUAAUGUGCUAAGUG